AAGCUGAGAAAAUAAAGAGAAAAUAUAUUUAGUGCUUUGAUCGAACGCGUCUCUGCAAACCUAAGCCAAGAAAGAGAGAAUCGAGUGCUUUUUGAAAACCACUUUUGUUUCUUUUUUUCUCUCUCUUUACCGAAAAAAAAUUAAACGUUGAGCGGUUUGAUAUAGGCGUUUUGUUGGGAUUAAAUCCCUGGGGAUAAUCGGUUUAAAGAAACUUGGGAGAUUGGUUUUCUGUGUAGGGUUUCGCUUGGAUUUAGUCUGAAACUUAGCGGUUCUCAGGUGAUAUUAGGCCGUAUUCUGAUCAAGGUACGAGAUCGAUUUUUAUUGUGGGUUUAUCAUAGACUUGUUGGUCACAUUUAGCCAUAUUGGUUUCUUGUUAGAAGCUUUGUUUUCUAGCAAUUGGGUGGUACCAGGUGUCAUAAAAAGGCGUUUUUCUUGUGGAAACUCCCCAUUAAUACUUUCUAUCGUUGCAUUUCAUCGAUCGAUCUUGUUGCUUUUUCUUUUGUUUUUUAUUGAUAAAGCCAUACCCAAUUUAGGUGGUUUUCUCUGACAAAAAAGCGGUAUUUCUUCACCCCACCUGCCAAAAAUCCCUAGAUUAUCUAUCCGAUCAUUUAUUAGAGAAUGGGAGAUCGAUUUACCAGUUCGGUUUUUUGUUAAACCCCAAUUUUGGGCCAUUUUCUGAUCGAUUAAGGCGGUUUUCCAGUUAUACAAUGAAGGCCAGAGAUUUGGACGACUGGAGGGAGUUUUUCAGAGAAGCUGGUUCUGAUAUCUUCUCUGUUAUUGAAUAUGCAAUCACCAUAGCAGCCUCUGAUUGCCCAAAAGAAUUCAGAUUAAGGAGAGAUAAGAUUGCAGAAAGACUCUAUGCCUGUAAAUUGAUAAGGUGUGGUGAGUGCGAUAAUGUUACAGUUGCAAUGCCCGGCGAGGAGAGGGAAAGUGGUUUUGAGGGUGGAAGUGGCGGUAAAGAAAGCAAGGUGAAUAGCAGCAGUGAUGAUGUCGAUAGAAACAGGAUAAGCAAUUACAGUUACGAUGAGGCGGAGGCCUUGACAGAGGAGAUUGAGGAGGAGAGCGAAAUUGUUAGGGAGGUUUGCAGGAUCAAAGAGGUCUUGAGCAAUUCAGAUGAGUCUCAUGGGUUGUUGUAUGAGUCAUUGAGGAGGCUUCAGUUAAUGCAACUCUCUGUGGAAACAUUGAAGGCCACCGAGAUUGGUAAAGCUGUGAAUGCAUUGCGGAAGCAUCAGUCAAAGCAAAUUCGCCACAUAGUAAAAAUGCUCAUCAAUGGUUGGAAGGAUUUGGUGGAUGAAUGGGUUAAUACAGCAACUGCGAUGACAGGUGGCUCACCAGACUCUGUUAAGCCUGCUGUUGCUGAGGAGGAAGAGGAAGAAGGCCUUCCAUCUCCCCCACUUGAUGAGGGAGCUUUCUUAGCUACUCAAACUACUUCAAUUGAGCUUUCUCAGUUCUUCGAUGGGAUGGACGAUGAUGGAAACCCACGAAGCAGCAUGGAACUAGGGAAGAAUCCUGAGGCCCAAAGGAAGCCUAACUCAAAUCUCAGAAAACCUCAGGAGGAAGAAAGAAAACCAGACUCAAAUUCCAAGGUUAACUAUGAUCUUGGAAGAAAACCAGAAUUGGUAAAGCUCUCAAAGAGGAAAGAAGAGGAGAAUUUGGGUAAAAAGGAGGACCAUAGCCAGAUUAGAAAGCUAGAACCAGUAGAUGUCAGUAAGCAAAACGGGCCCUCAGGACCGGGAAGACCCCCUAAACUAAAUCCAGAAAGUAAGCCCAAUGGAGUUCUUCCUAUGUUGCAGCAAAGAUCAAAUGCUUUGGGAUCCCAAAUGAGACCUUUGCCAAAUUCGCUAGAUAAACCCAAACAUUCAGAGGAUGUUUCUGUGAGGUUGAAAUUCGAGGAGGCAAAGCGGAAGCUCCAAGAAGGGUACCAACAAGCUGAAAAUGCGAAGAAGCAGAGAACAAUACAAGUAAUGGAGUUGCAUGAUCUCCCGAAACCGAAGCAAGGAAUGCAUCAGAAGCAUCCUCCACCUAAAUCAGGAUCCCAUAACAGGCAUUGGAAUAGUGGAUGGCGCCCAUAAUAGCACUUCUCUCUACUUUUCUCAAAGGCCACGGGACGAGAGAGAAAAAAUUCUGAAAACACGUCUCUCUUUGCUGCAGCGGACCCAAACUUGUUCUUAGAUGAGAGAGAUUCAAUAAAUGCUUGUAUUUUUUUCGACAACAUAAAGGCGACCCAUUAUUGCUUAUGCAACAGGGGGGAAAAUUCCCAUGUUUCUCUAUUGAUAGGGGAGGAGAGAAACAACCAUGCUCUCUUCUCCUUUUUGUUCGAGAUUCAAAGAAUUCUAGUUGCAAGAGUCAUCAAACUCAAGUGGGCAAUAGAAAAAUCAUACAAGGGACUCUGCAGUGUUUUAAAAUUACCAGAUUCUAAUGGCUGGGCAUAGUGACCUUGAAGAGAGAGAGGGACACUCUUUUGAGUCUUAAUUUCUCGGAUGUUUGUUCUGAUAUAUAAAUGUGUAGACAUUUGAGUACAGAGAUUAAUCCAAUUUAUAUAUAGUUAUAUGGAUAG